UCAGUUUGUUUACAUUGACUUUGUGCGCUAGCUGAAGGAUGUAGGAACCAUCAGGAGGAGGUGAGGGGAGUUUGGCAGCAGGCUAGUGUUUCUCCUCAUAUGGCAGCAGUGUCGGUGAAAUGUCCGUGUGUGUGGCUGCUGUUGUGGCUCUGCGUCCGGCUGUCCGGGACGCAAAACACCCGAAUUUCUAUGGUCGAUGAUGUCCUGCUGCCGUACGACCACGGCCACGGCCCAUCCCACUCCCACCGCCAUGUCAGAGACUGUCAGGCUGUCGUUUACGGCAACACCACCCAUGAAAGCUGGCCCUCCAGUAACCACAGCAUGGUGCCGGUGGCCGAGUCCACUGUGUUUGUAUCGAAAGUGACGGGAACCUCCAGAUGGGUUUACGGUCACAUGACGGUGGUCCACGACCCGCUGAGGACGGUGUCAGUGUUGGAGCCGGGUGGGCCGGGCGGAUGUGGGAUGAGUCUGACUGCCUCGGUGGAGGAAACUGCCAAGGCCGCCGGGUGUCUGUACGCCCAAAACGCCGGGUUCUUCAACACAAAAUCAGACCAGUGUUUGGGCAACGUGGUGAGUGACGGCAGGAUGGUGCAGGACAGUGCUGGGAUACAGAACGCCCAGUUUGGAAUCAGGAAGGACGGCACCCUGGUGUUUGGGUAUCUGUCACAGGAAGACGUUUUGGACCAGUCUAACCCAUUUGUCCAGCUGGUCAGCGGUGUGGUGUGGCUGUUGAGGAACGGCGAGGUGUACAUCAACCAGAGCCUGACGGCCGAGUGCGACAAGACGCAGGAGACAGGGAAAUUCCGCGAUUUUGUGGAUGUGGUGUCAGCCAGGACGGCGGUGGGCCACGAUGCCGACGGCAACCUGAUCCUGUUUCAGAUUGAUGGACAGACUGGAAAAAGGGGUAUGAACCUUCGGGAGGUGGCUGAGUUUCUGAAGUCCUACGGAGUCGUCAAUGCCAUCAAUCUGGAUGGAGGCGGGUCUUCCACCUUCGUGAUUGAUGGCUCAUUGGCCAGCUACCCCUCGGAUCACUGUCAAGCAGACAGCAGGUGGCGCUGUGGCCGCCGUGUCUCCACCGUCCUGUGUGUUCACCUGCGGCGCUGCCAGCCGGCAAACUGCAGCGGACACGGAGACUGCGUGGACGGACGCUGUCAGUGUCAGGAGGGCUGGCAGGGCGCCGCCUGUGACUCUCUGGUGUGCCAGCCGCCAACCUGCGGCCCACACGGUGUCUGCACUGCCAAUGGCUGCGUCUGUGAUGCUGGCUGGAGAGGAAAGAACUGCAGCCAAGAAUGCCUCCCAGGUUUCUAUGGUGAUGGCUGCAAUCAGACCUGCACCUGUGUCAAUGGCGGUUCCUGCGACCCUGUCCACGGACACUGCAUUUGCCCCUCGGGUUUCCACGGCAAGACCUGUGAACAAGUGUGUCCUCUGGGUUUCUUUGGUCCGUCCUGCGCUCAGGAGUGUCACUGUGACAACCUGUGUCCAUGUGACCCGCAGACUGGAAGCUGUAACGCCACACUGCAAAGAGAGAACAACUACACCUUACACAGAGCUGGACACUGUCUAGCCAAACAGAUGUUUACAUCUUGGAGAAAGGAUGAAGAAGCUCACAGAGAGCAGCCUCGUCUAACAGAGCGUACAUGGCUGACGAUCACCAUCACUCUGGCCUCUCUGCUGUCAGCCAGCCUGUUGGUCCACCUCAUGCAGGCGUGUCGCGGCUCCGUGGCGGCUCACUUCCCCGAGCGCCGAGACUACUCCUACGUCCCGCUGAACGACAUCAACAGAGGCGUCGCUUCACGUGCAGGCGCCGGGAGACCCGGGAAAGGAGGUUUUGGAUUAGAGGACUCGGACUCUGAGGAUGAAAUCUGGUCUCCAUCACACUCGAGGAGGUCGUAGCCGUCAGGAAAACGAUGAGUGGGGACGCGCUGUUAUUGCACAAAGAGAAACUCAGUGUUCCUCUGCUUUAAUUUAAUCCUGUAAUUGUGUCAAAUGUUUAUCGACAAUCCUGCUGAAGUGAAAAGGUAGCUAAAGGACGAAGCACAAAUGUUUUGUUACAUCCUUUUUUACUCUGCUGAUGUCUGACUGCCCAGACGUUUCUAGCAGCUGGUCAGAUGUUCUUUUACGUUUACAACUCAGACCUUUUGGAAAAACAAAAGAGGUCAAAGCUUUAUUUUGUUUUUUAUUUGGAAUGUGGACGUCUCAACUUUGACCUCUGACCUGGGGCCUGUAUCAUAAAGCGAAGUCAGUGUUUUAUCCAUCUACCUUUUGAGCUUAACUCCGGUUUUCCUGCAUCAUGAAGCUUGUUCACUUUUAAAAAGUGGAUCAUAAUGGUAACCCAAAGCUUCAUUGCAAACCUACUCCAGGAUGGGUUAACUUCAGCCAUAGCCCGACCGCUGACCAAUCAGAUCACUGGAAGAAAUGUAUCAUCAUCCUACAGGAUUCUGACAUGGACGUAGCUGGCAAGUUUACAAGAAGUGACAAAGAGCAAUAGAGAUUAUGUUUAUUAUAUCAAUAGUAUUAAUUUAACCAUUUUAUUAAAGGUCGCACAUCAACUCUGAGUUUAAAGCAUUAUCACACUAGCAGUCUGAAUAAUGGAAAUUAUAGCUGAAUAUUAUGCCUUGUUUUUUCAUAGAUAUGUUAACUAUAUAUAGUUGGUUUAUCAUGUAACAAAAAGCACCAAAAUGUCUCAAAACUCACUUAAAUCUAUGUUUAAAAGCCAACCACUAUUUAAAGAGACCUAUAUUAUAAUUCCCACCCUUACCUUUUUAAUUUGUUUGUUAUUCCUACUGUUUCUACAGCUGUGUGCCACUGACAUCGCUCAAGGUCAAUUGCUGCCGCAUUCACCUCCUUGCAGGUAUCAUAGUUUCAUCUCAUGUCAUAUAGAAAGCAUAACUCCCUCCCCUUCUGAUGGCCCACCAUUGGACCUAAUUUUGGAAAAAAUACGGACGGUUGUCAACUGCGAGAAACAACUAAGUUUUUUGAUCCCGUUUGAAUUGUGCCCUGAAUUACACAGAUGAUGUUUGUCAGUUUAAAAGAUAAUUUAAGAAAAGAAAGUCAAAGUUUGUCGUAAAACUGUCAAAGUAUAAGAUGAAAAAGAAAAUCCCUAAUUACCAAGACCACAAACCCAAAAGUCAGGUAUGUGACAUCAUAACUAUUUCUCUCAAUGACUGAAGCUAACGUUACUGAAGGUAACAUGAAAGAGUUUCCAUGUGUAGAUAAUGUGAUGGAAAGGACCAGGAGUGGUUGGAUUAAACACUUCAGUCAAUCAUUAAGGCUGUAACUAACGAUUAUUUUCAUUACUGAUUAAUCUGUCCAUCAUUUCCGCGAUUAAUUGAUUAGAUGUUUGGUCUAAAAAAAAGUAAAUUCUAAAGCCCAAGAAGACGUCCUCAAAUAUCUUAUUUUGUCCACAACCCAAAGAUAUUCAGUUUACUGUCAUACAGAAGUAAAGAAACCAGAAGAUACUCACAUUUUAAAAGCAAAAUCAGAGAAUUUGGAGUUUUUAAAAAAUGACUCGAUUAAUCGGUUAUCAAAAUAGUUGGUGAUUAAAUAUAAUACUUGACAAGUAAUCGAUUAUUCAACCUAUUGUUGCAGCUCUAGGUGUGAUACAUCUGUGUGUGGAAGAUAGCUAAGCUACCUAGCUAGUAGUAACCAUUAGUAACCAAGUGAUAAACAUUAGCUUAACAUUACAGUGCUAAUAUGUUGAUGACGUAUGCUCUUUUUAUAUACAGUCUAUGCGUAUACUGUGCCAGACGAGAGAUGUAGUUCAUUGAACAGUUUCACAAAAAACUAAAUGUUACUUUAUUGCUUUACGAGAAACUGAUACUUUCUGGACAAUGUGUUUAAUUCAGGGCACAAUUUAAACCUUAACGUACAUAUUUUUUUUCUGAAAUAAGGUCCCAUGAGCUUGAAGCGGAAGCGACAAACUUAGGCUCUCAAUUGAGUGCAUCUACACGCUCGUCGCAGUAUUAGAUACCAGCUUCAUGAUAGCGGUUAUCCAGGAUCUCCAGUGUUGAGCUCAGUGACGCCGGGCUAAGUUGGACUUUUUGAUAUAGGCUUCUGGUGGGACGAGCUAUUUAACUUGCUGCAAUGUGAACAGAUGAAAUUUUAAUCGUGGAAGGUCAAAACAAAUGAUUUGAGUUUGUUUCUUUUUGUUUUUUUAUCAGAUAAUUUCUUAUCAACAUAAGGGCACAUUUUGUCAUAAUGCACUGAGCGCCAUGUCUGAAUGGAAAUGUAGAGGUUAAUGUGCAUAUUAUUAGAUAGAAAUAUUUAAAAAAGCACAAACACAGUAGUCAAGAUGCCAUGAAUAUUUGAUGAGUGUAAACUUCUCUGUGCCAUCUUUGUAUAUCAUCAACAUUUCUUAGUUUUCACUGAAAAAACUUGUAAAACGUCUUUUGUAAAUGUCACCAAACUCCUGAUAUGUAAACAACAGGUUAUUUUUACCUGUUAUAAACAUAUAGAUAAAUGUAUCAGUAUUCAUUUUUGAAAACUUUGCAUUCACCAGUGUCUUAGCUCACAAACUUCCCUCAUAGAAACAGAUGAUCUUUUCUUUUCCCCACACACACUCACACACACACUCACACACACACACACACACACACACACACACACACACUUAAAACCACUGCAUAAAGACAGUUGGCAUACAUGCAAUAAACGUGCUGAUGGUAAUAUGGUCAUUAGCUUUAGAGGCAUCCCGCUGUUAACUGAAGUGUUGAAUGUGUGGAAACUUUGACCUGCAGGUGGUGCUAGAUGAAAAAUUAGAGGGUCACCAAAGUAGUCCUUACUAUUCGUCCUCAAGAACAGGAACGUGUCAAGCAGAUUCUUUCCAAUAGUGGUCGAGAUAUUUCACACACGACCAAAAAAUUAUCUCUGUUAAGUUCAUUCUUCAACUGCCACUGAGCGUCGGACACAACAUGCAAAGUACUGGAUAAUUUUGAGGUCUUGCAACAGAUUCUCACUCCCAACGUCACAUAUGGACGCUUUGUCAAGACCCCUUGGCGUCGCUUUUUAACGCCCUCGGUACCACUUUUGUUUUCUGUGAUCGAGUUACCAACAAUAAAUAAGCAACGCCCCGGUUAGACUUUCAAAAUAAAACUAUUGGUUAGGUUUAGGAGAAGGUCAUGGUUUGGGUUAAAAUAAGUACGUAAGUAAUGUAACUUAAGUAACUUCACUAAAAACAAUGUUAACUUUUCACACAGGAAACGAACACCAGUCACCUGGGGGAAAGUCCGGUUUCUGACAUAAAAGGUCUUUUUUUUGCGUUGGACAAUAAUACUAAAAGGUGCCAUGUGCGUUGGUACCAGACGUCGAAGGAAAUGACAAAGCUUAAGUAUUUGACGCCUUGAGAAUGAGAACAAGCUGGGAUAUGAUGUUGAUGGUGUUUUUAUUGUAUAUUAAAGGUUUCAGGGGUCAUUUUUAUGUAUUUUUUUAACUGUUAAAACAUUCGGUUGUCAGUGGGAGAGGAAAAUAAACAUUAUUUUCUGCUUGA